AUGCAAUCGAAGCGAACAUGGAGCCGACUGUCUCUGGCGCUGUGGCUAUCGCUUCUCUCGGGGGCGCUGGGAGCGAGCCUGAAGACACCCCUGGCGCCCUCCCGGAUUCCGAGAUCCUCGAUGCGACGCAUCAAGGGCUACGCGGACGUGCUCUUCCCGCGCCCUGCAAACUGCGUCCUCUUCGCCCACGAGCCCGGGGUGGCCGACCACCUCGUGGCCAAAGUCGCGCAGGGCCUCGGGCGCCCCGUCAUGGCCAAGAACGCCCUGGACACCCUCCUCAUGCAGCGCUACUGCGAGGGACUCGUCAUCCUCGCCGAGACCACCUCCGCCUUGGCCGUCUUCAUGCAGAGAGCCGUAGCGGCCAACUGGUCCUUCCGGGUCUUGGCACUCAUGGUCGCCGACGGCGAACCCAAGGACACUCGAGCCUUUACACUGCUACGCAGGAAUAAAUUUUUGAAUUUCAAUCAGAGAGAAAUGAACGUGAGUGCUUUCAGCUGUCCUCUUUUUGUUGUUUUCAAACGCCACGAUGACGACGGUCAACCUAAUUCAGUUCGGGACAUCGACGGGAUCGAGUACCGGAUAUUCCUGGAGUUCGCGCGGAUCCUGAACUUCCGGUGGACGAUGACGGUGCCGCGUGGACGGGACAAGUGGGGGAUGCCGCGGUGGAAGGACGAGCCGCCGCGCGGGAUGGUCCAGAUGCUCAUCGAGCGGAAGAUCGAGCUGGCCAUCUGCUCGUGGUGGCUCGAGGUGGCCAAGAAGAAGUACAUCGACCUGAGCACCUACUGGCACUCCUGCUGCAUGACCUUCCUCCUCCCCAAGCCGGAGCCGUACAGCAUCCAGUGGAGCGCCUUCCUCCGACCCUUCAGCAUCGACCUCUGGCUCGCCCUCAUCCUCACCACCUGCUUCAUCGCCGCCGUCUACUGGAUGAACUUCGACUUCCGCACCCGCAGUAUCCAACCAGGUCCAAACUAG